AUGUCACAAAUCACAAUUCUAGGGUUCACGCCCGCGCAGCCGGUGUCGUCGUCUCAAGGCGCCAACGCUAUUCACUGGGCCAUACUCCUUAGCCCGACUUCUUCAGCCCCACAACCGUCCCGAGCUACGACCAGGCCCAAAGCUAAGUCCUUCUUCUCGUCGCAACGGCGUGUCGCGAAGGACGACAACGACGUCAGAACAGGGCCAGGGACAGCUCUCUUCGACAUGCACAAGCAUCAACUCCGCCAACAGGAGUUUCCUGUCCCGAUCAGCUCGUCCGAUCCAACAGGGCCGACGGAUACCCCUCGGACAACGACAAGUGUUUCCUCGGAUGUCCCCAGCGAGCCAUUUACCCUGUCAGUACGCAUCCUGCUCUCGACGCACAGCCUGUCUGUCGCGAAACUCGCACCGAAACUAUCGCCACUCCUGUACCGCACGCCGACAUACGGACCCGAGGAAGACUGGCUCCGCGCGGCGCUAGACAUGCUCUUCGGCGCCGACAUCCUCGAGCCCGCCACCGCAUUUGACGCGGAUCUCGUCCUGGCCUUCGCCGGCGACGCCGUCAAGGAAUAUCUCGGCCAGAUCAAGCAGGGCCACCACACAGGGCAUGACGUCCUCGAACUAGAUUACGCGAAGCAUGUUCGCGAGAUGGAAUCUGUGAGGGCGAUGUUUUCGCGCGAUCCUUCCUCCGCCGUUUCUGCAGCAUCAGGACACGCAGACCGGAAUAUCACAACCAGCUCGAGGGUCACACAACAGCACACCCCGGCGAAAACGUCGUCGCACCAUUACUUCAACUUGCAUCACGAUUCGAAGUCUAGGUCUCAACCACCGACGGACUCGGCGGUCAAGUCGCACACAUUCUUCGGCUUUAGGGUCUCGGCAGGUCCGAACGCGUCGGCGCAACGGCAGAGGUGGGCCAGCGGAGGUGAGAAGCGAGCAUAUUACGAGCGGCGCGAUGAUCCGUACGGUGGACUGAUGUGA